AGCGCCGCGUACAGGAACUGCAGUUUUCCUGCUAAUUUCGUCUUACUUUUUCUUUUUUUUCACACGUUGCUAUUUUUCUCGGUUAUAACACCUACAAGCGUACAGGGUGUCCUAUCCAUCUGAGAAGGUUUCUACCAGAUUAGCUGGCUCUGGGCUUUUCUCUCACAACAGUGGGGAACUUCACAGACGUCCAGCCAACUCCUGAUCUUUAACGUGAAACUCAAGCAUGGGGAAGCAGAACAGCAAGCUGCGACCAGAGGUGAUGCAAGACCUGCUGGAGAGCACAGAUUUCACUGAGCACGAGAUCCAGGAGUGGUACAAGGGCUUCUUGCGGGACUGCCCAAGUGGCCACCUAUCUAUGGAAGAGUUUAAGAAAAUUUAUGGGAACUUCUUUCCCUAUGGAGACGCCUCUAAAUUUGCUGAGCAUGUGUUUCGCACCUUUGACACCAAUGGCGACGGCACUAUAGACUUUCGGGAGUUUAUCAUUGCUCUCAGCGUCACGUCACGAGGAAAGCUGGAGCAGAAGCUGAAAUGGGCUUUCAGCAUGUAUGACCUGGACGGGAAUGGAUACAUCAGUAAGGCGGAAAUGCUGGAAAUUGUGCAGGCUAUUUAUAAAAUGGUUUCGUCAGUAAUGAAGAUGCCAGAAGAUGAGUCUACACCAGAGAAAAGAACAGAAAAGAUCUUCAGACAGAUGGACACCAAUCGGGAUGGUAAGCUGUCUCUGGAGGAGUUCAUUAAAGGAGCGAAGAGCGACCCGUCCAUUGUGCGUCUGUUGCAGUGUGACCCCAGCAGUGCGGGGCAGUUCUAAAAGCAGCAUCCACCACUUUCUCCUCCUCCAUUUUAUUUAUUUAUGGUUUUUAUUUUUAGUUUUUGAUACCAUAAUACAGGGAUAUGACAGGGCCUAUUUAUACGGGUCUGUAUCCCUUCAAACUGAGCUUCACCAGAUAUAGGCACCGAACGCACCCACAAACACACAGGCAACCUUUUAUCUCUAUCUCUCUCUUUUUCUUUUUCAGUCUCUCUUAAUCUUUCUAUUGCUCUCUCUUGUGCUUACAAUUUGUCACAAUCAACACACACACUCUUGUCUUAUUUUCUCAUUUUAAUAGACUGUCUUGACCACGUUGUCAAGUGUCCAACAGUAUUGCUUCUUAGUUUUUUGACCUGCAGUGAUUAACACCACAUCCUCACCAGAUGCCUUUUUACAUGAUUCAGUACUAGCACCAAACAGACCGAUGCAGUUACUGUAAGUAGAUUGGUAGUGUAGUUGUUUUUUUGUUUUUUUCAGUCAAGUUAUAAUUGUGAAGUCAUGCAGUCCCACACUGGUUUUACAAUUUUGACCUACACCAUGGUUUUGGAGCAGAGUUUGUGUUUUUGUCCCUGAUUUAGUAUUGGCUUGCCUAAAAUGUUCUGGAUCACCAAUCUGGAUAUGCACAUAUUGGCAGAGCCUUAACAUUUAGUUUAGUUUUUUAGUAUUUUAGAGAAUGUUAAUUCCCAGUAAUGACUAUUUCAGUAUCUAUCUCUUAUUAUUGGUGUAUCAGUGUUAUUAAUCAUGACAACCAAUAUGUCAGCAAAAUUGUGCAGUAUGUACACUACUACACUUUCCAUAAAUCCCAAUAAUCAUAACAGUUAGAAGCACUCAUUUCCCUCCCUUGUGCUGUAUUGCCCGAAGGAAACCAAAUGAAGAAUUGUGGGACUUUUCUCUACAUCAAUAGUUCUGUAUAGUCUAGUCUAUGUAUUUUACCCCCCAAUAAUGAAACAACAGGCAUGCAUGCAAAAUUGUCAAAUGACUAAUUUAAGAUGCAACAUCUAAUAGUUUUUAGUGUUUUUAGUGGAGCAUGUUAAAUACAUUUUAACUGUAUAUGAAAGAGAAUCUUUUUUGUUGUAUGUAUGCAUGCAUGCUGGUUUGUGUGUGUAUGUGUGUGGCUAUAGUGUGUCCUGGUACUGUUUGCUCACACUGUUCUCUGUGGUCUGUUAAUUUGUACCAGAGAACCUGUGAUCAGCCAAAACUCUAAUAUUCACAUUAGAAGACCUGAGAUUUAUGGAUGUAAAAGUUAGUAUUAUGUAUAUUGUAAAUCUAGUAAUAACUCUCGGUUGUAGAUAUGAAGUCAUUGUCAGGUUACUGACCUGCCGCACACAUACAUAUGCAAAUAGUUAUGUAUAUCUAUGAAUAACUGCUUUAUCGUUGCCAUGUUGUUGUUGUUUUUUUUUUUUUUUUUUUUUACUAAUGUAAAUGCCUAUAUUGCUGAAACCUAACAUAGAAUUAGCCUCCUGCUACUGAAAGAGUAUAGAACAAAUGACCAGGGUCCAAUUUCCUAACAGCGUUAUAGUGUCCAAAAUAAUCCAUUAAUCAUGAAGAUGUUUCUUAUUGGAUGUUUCUUAUUGGACUUGGUGUUUUUACCUAAAAAUAUUGGACUUGGUGCAUAUACCUAAAAAUGGUAUAUUAAGAUUAAUGUAUGAUGUAUUAAACAAUACUUUAGCAGCUGGUCUGGAAAUUUAGUGGCAAAAUCAGCCUGGAUCUGAUACCGUCUUUAAGGUUCAGUGAUGUGGGAUCUGAGCUCAGUGUCUACAUUUCUUUACCAUUGAACAAAUGAAUUGUUCUCAUAUAUAUAUAUAUAUAUAUAUAUAUAAAAUAUAUAUUAAAGAAAUUGUCUUAAAGUCAGAUACAGUUUUCAGAUUAGUUUUUCCUAAUUGUGCUGUUCCUGUCCUGCUUUCAGUGUGCAUGAUAAACACAUUGGAGCUGCAGAUGCAUUCUGUCACUGCUGCUGUUUAUUGUAAGUUUUAAAUGUUAUCAGAUGCUACUGCAAAUUGUUAAAUGCCUUACUGCAGUAAUUCUCAGUUCCAGUUGUGGGAACCCCAUGCGGUUCACAGAGGGUUUUCCUGCUCUAACACACCUGAAAAAAAGGACUUUGAUUUGGUUCAAGUGUAUUAGAGCUUGUGCUUCAAAACUAUGUACAGACAAUGUGGUUCCCCAGACCUGCAGCUGAGAUCCGCUGCCUUGACUAGUAGAGUACAGCACUGCUAUAUUUUUUUUUCAUUUGAAAAUUUAGCAUUGUUUUUUCCUUUCUAAAACUGCUGUUUUGUAAAGUUGAAAAAUGUUCGAACAUAACUACUGCAUCAGUUUACUCCAGUGUGUAUGCAUAUGAUCUGUAUUUCUUCUUUUUAAGAAUCACACAUUUCUAUAUCAAUUUAUAUCAUGUGGUUAGGUGCCAAUAUACAGAACCAGUAUUGUAUAAAUUUAUACUGUACAAUUGUCAAAACCAACAUUUGUAAUUGCUGCAGUUUUUGUUUGUUUUUUGUUUGUUUAUUUUUGUUCUUUUUUUGGUAGAUUUUGUAUGAUAACCUGUAUUUUGUGGCAAUGUCAAUUUAAGAUAUGGAAAUCUGUUAGCUAUACGAUAAAGCAAAAAAUAAAUUUAGGAAAUGAAUGUUU